AGAACGCUGGUAUUUUAUUUAUCUGAUACACGGGCAGACCAUAAUCUCUGCAGCCUAGCAACCACCUCUUUAAUUUAUAGAUCACAGCACCGGACGUUACCCUCGCUCCACCGCGAGGCGGUUCUAGGCAUUCUCCAUUGCAGUGUGAUAACAAACCGUCGGUUCCGUUACCUGGUGUCGGGCACCGUUCUGCAUCUCAAUCUGAUGUUAAAUAUCGAAUUAUUCUACUAAAUACUAUUGUAGCUCAGCACGUACCACAUCACUGUGAGUGUGUGUGUGUGAGGGUUUGUGAGUGUGUGUGUGUAAGAGAGAGUUUCCAGUGAAUUGAUGCAUGUGAGAUUAUUACACAGGAUUAGAUUUGUUUAUGAGAUACUAGUGACACGUGUGUGUGUAUGGCUGAGACAGAGAGAGACUGAAAGGGAGAUGUGUCUUGUUUGAGUGGAGUGUGGUUGUCAGUGUGUAAGCAAUGGUGUGUGUGUGAGAUGCUAACAAUGUCCUCCAUUGUGUGUCUCCAGAUUGCCGGUCCUGGGACGAUGGGAUCCCUCUCUGCUUGACCCGCUCUGACCAGGACGGUGUGUGUGUGUGUGUGUGGCAGCGUCACGGUGUGUGUGUGUGCAGCGGGGGUCAUGGAGUACCACAGUGGUAGCCUGCCCCUGCUUGGGAGACCCCGUUACUGCCCUGGCAGUGCCACCGGAGGCUACCUGUGUGAGACUGGACACUGCUGCGGAGAAACUGGCUGCUGCACCUACUACUAUGAGCUGUGGUGGUUCUGGCUGCUGUGGACGGUACUGAUCCUGUUCAGCUGCUGCUGUGCGUACCGUCACCGCCGGGCCAAGCUGAGGGGCCAGCAGGAGCAGAGAGACACCAGCCUGCUGGCCUGUCAUGGCCCCGCUCUCUACUCCUCCUCCAUGCUGGACCUCAGUUUCCUGGCCUCUCUGAAGCUGCCCACCUAUGAGGAGGUGGCUGCCCAGCCCAGCACCCCCCCGCCCCCCUACAGUGCCGUGUUCGCCGCCCAGGGGGGCGCUGCACGCUUCCCCCAGCCCCUGCGCCACCCCGGCCCCCACCCCGGCCCCCACCCCGGCCCCCACCCCGGCCCCAGCGAUGGCCCCUCCUCCUUCAGCUCUGACAACAGCUCCAGCUGCUCCUGCGACUCCUGCUGCCCCUCCUCCCCCUGUAGCUCCUCCCUCUCCGCCCCUGUCACCUACGAGACGGACACAAGCCACGCCUCCACUCCCAGCGAUGCCACUCCCCUGCCGCUUGAAGCUGUCAUGGAGACCGCCAUCACAGUGACCACUGAGAUGGACCUGGACGCCAACAGCAGCAUGACUGUUGCCGAGGUAACUGUUGCUACAGUGGCCGGUGAUGUUGACCUGCCAAGGGAUGCUAUUCAGGAUGCAACCAUGGUAACUGUCACCAUAACAGAGGUUACCAUGACGGAUGCUGUGGCUGUGAUGACCAGUGCGCCUGAAAAGACUAUGGCUGCACACCCAAGCAUGGCCACCUCCCUGCAGGACCCCCUACACUCCCCCACCUCCUGCCCUAGCAACCCUGCCCCCCCCGACCAAGCAGCCCCCACCUCCUGCCCUAGCAACCCUGCCCUCCCCGACCAAGCAGCCCCCACCUCCUGCCCUAGCAACCCUGCCCCCCCCGACCAAGCAGCCCCCACCUCCUGCCCUAGCAACCCUGCCCCCCCCGACCAAGCAGCCCCCACCUCCUGCCCUAGCAACCCUGCCCCCCCUGACCAAGCAGCCCCCACCUCCUGCCCUAGCAACCCUGCCCCCCCCGACCAAGCAGCCCCCACCUCCGCCCCUGUGUCUCCGCUGACUCUCUCACCUGACCCAACCCCAGCCACAACCCCAGCCUCAACCCCAGCCUCAGCCCCAGCCCCAGUCUUGAUCCAAACACCAGCACCAAACAAACCUCAAGAACCAGCGCUUGAAGAGUAUCCUAACAUGGCACCAAAUACACCAGCCCCAGCUUUAGCCCCAACCCCAGCCUCAGCUUUAGCCCCAGCUUUAGCCCCAGCUUUAGCCCCAGCUUUAGCCCCAACCGCAGCCUCAGCUUUAGCCCCAACCCCAGCCUCAGCUAUAGCCCCAGCUCCAGCCUCAACCCCAACGCCAGCCUCAACCCCAGUCCCAACCCCAGCUCCAGCCCCAACCCCAGCCCUCUCUUUGUUGACCCCCCUGGUGUCCCUGACAGAAGCCCCCCCCCCCCUCCCCCCGGGCCUCAGUCUCCCCCCCCAAGCAGACUCUGUUCUCCCCCUGCGUGGACGUGUACGAGGCCACCCCCCCCACCUGGGAGGGCCCAGAGGGGGAGGGGGGGGAGGAGGGGGAGGAGGACGUGGGGGCAGAUGAGAGCCAGUACCGCCACAGACGACUGACCGGAGACUCCGGCAUCGAGGUGUGUCGCUGUCAGGUGGAGAGGGAGGGGGAGGAGGAGGAGGGGGAGGAGGGGGAGGGGGAGGGGGAGGAGGAGGGGGAGGGGGGAGGCAGGAGAGGGGGAGGAAGAGGAGGAGAAGGUGAUGGAGGAGGGAGUGAGGUCAUUCAGGUACAUGACAGUGUUGACUGUCUAAUCGCUAGGGGUCAGGGGUCAGGGGCGGGGCUAACCCUCUGUAGCCCCACCCCUACCACACUAGUGGGUGAGGAGGGUGCUGUGGUGGUUGUUGUGGAGACUGUGUGACUGACAGGUGGACUGGUCCUCUUGUAAGAGUUCAGGGUGAGCUGGUGCCAGGGAGGGCAGCUGUGUGUGAGCUGCACGUCUCCUGGGGAACGAUGAACACACAGAGGAGCCCCAUCUGUCUAGGGUGUGAGGGUGUGAGAGUGUAUGUGUGCGUGACUGUGUGUGUGUGUGUGUGUGUGUGUGAGAGAGAGAGUGUGUGUGUGUGUUUGUGAGUUACACAACCAGCUAAACAAUGAGUCUAAACACAUUAACACAGAACAGAAGAUGUGAAAAUGCCAAAUUCUCUCUUAAUGGCCCCGCCCCCGCCCUCGCCCCCCUCCCCCUAACAACAACAGCUGCUGUGUGACAUCAUCUGCUCAUCUCUCUGACUGAAACCUCACACACACCAGCCAGCCUCUACACACACACACACUGAGAUGAGCAAGCGAGACUGUAGAUUUAAGUGGUGUGUGUGUAUGCAUGUGUGUGUGUAGUUACGUAUGUGUAUGUAUGCAUGUGUGUGUGUGUGUGUGUGUGUGUGAGGGCUCCUUUUAAACUAGGUCCUAUGGCAGGUUAACUGCAUAACUAACCCAGCUGUAUCUGGCCAAGCACAAGUUCUAGAACAGCAGGAGAGGUUCUACACUGCUUGAGAAGUCUUGCAGGUCCAGAUGGCUCCAGGGUUCUAGAGUUCUGAAGGGGGUUCUAGAGUUCUGAAUGGAGUGAGAGGGUAUAGAGUUCUGAAGAAGACAGGUUGUUUAUGAGAUGACUCUGUCCAGCAGGUGCUGUAUGUCACACACCUCCGUCACAUCAAUGUGUGUGUGUGUGCGUGAGUAGUAUACAUGUAUGUACAUGAACAUGUGUAGUCAUGAAUGUUCCAUACCUUUGGAUAUUGUUGGAAUACAGAUAUUGUACUGGUGAUGUUUAUAAGUAGGGCCCAUGUGGAGGUGUACUUAGUGGGACUGAUUGCAGAGUGGGGUAGAUUAGGGAGCAGGAUGUAGGGGCUAGGGAGCAGAAUGUAGGGGCUAGGGAGCAGGGUGUAGGGGCUAGGGAGCAGGACGUAGGGGCUAGGGAGCAGAACGUAGGGGCUAGGGAGCAGGACGUAGGGGCUAGGGAGCAGGACGUAGGGGCUAGGGAGCAGGACGUAGGGGCUAGGGAGCAGGACGUAGGGGCUAGGGAGCAGGACGUAGGGGCUAAGGAGCAGGAUGUAGGGGCCACCUUCCCAUCAUGCUCUCUGGUUUUUGGAUAUAAACUACACUUCCCACCAUGCUCUCUGCUCCCGGGACAGAAACUACACUUCCCAUCAUGCUCUCUGGCCUCUGGACAGAAUCUACACUUCCCAUCAUGCUCUCUGGUUUUUGGAUAUAAACUACACUUCCCAUCAUGCUCUCUGCACCCUGAACAGAGCCAAGAGAACUGUUGCUGUUACCAUGACAGCCGCUGUGGACGUGGUCUGAUCGUUCUUCUUGACUAGAACUAAUGUGAGGCUGUGUGCCAUUUCUACUCAACCACUGUUAGUAAUAUACAUAUAUAUAAAAAAAAUAUAUAUAUAAAGAUAAUUAUAUGACAAUACUGUUACUAUGGAAACUGUUAAUAAUAUGUUUGAAACUGUCCUACUAACUGCGUUCCCUUUUGUGUGUGUGUGUGUGUGUGUGUGUGUGUGAGAGCGAGUGUGUGUAUGUGACCUCUAUUACUCUCCCUAUUAUUGUGCCUCUAUAGAUUUCUAUUGAUCCCCCUUCCCCUCCUCUCAUCUCCACUCCUCCUCUCAUCUCCACUCCUCCCCUCCUCUCAUCUCCACUCCUCCCCUCCUCUACCCUCAUCUCCUCUACCCUCCUCUCCUCUACCCUCCUCUCCUCUACCCUCAUCUCCUCUACCCUCCUCUACACUGCUCUUCUUCUCUCCUCCCUCUCUCAUCCCUCCCAGUGUCUCUCCGUCUUGUCCUUAGCCAGUGUCUGAGUUACUCUCCAUCUGUCUGAAAAUAAACACUAUCCAAUCUA